GCCAGUUAUAGAAGGAAUGAAAACACUAUUUAAACAUAGGGAAUUUGGGACAUUAUCUCGUUACAUCACAGGCUUCCGGUCCAAACAAAAAUUGUCACGCAAAAUCCCGUUUGGAUAUCGGAACCCACCAGCCGACUUUCCUUUCAGGACAGCAUAAACUCCCCCAGUUUUUGGCACUCACCCAAACCGUACGCAGCAAAUAAACAAACCUCAGACUCAACAUAAGUCUCCGCUCACUGAACCACACCUGUAAUGACGCACGUGCCUUUUUGACUCCCACACGACUCGAAGCCGAAGCUUCGAAAAAAACCCAGCGAUUCCAAGCCCUAAUCUUUCUCUCUCGCUCAUCGCUUUCUCUCUCUAGGACUCCGAUCACCCACUGUUCGAAGCUCGUGCUUGCGGAAUCCGACCCCAAUUUCUUGAAAUUCGGAGCUUUUUCGAUUGAGGUAUUGGUUAAUUUGGGUUCCCGAUGUUUGUUUCCCGCAUUUAUCGCGCUCAUUGGGGUUUUAGCUGUUAGAUCACGAUUCCGCGUAGACUGUCGAUCUUGAAGUUCUGAUUUUUACUUGAUGUGGAUUGGAUUGUGUUCUUUGUAGCAUUGUGAUUGUUUUCAUCGUAUUGUGAAUUUGAGUUUUAAUUUCGCAUUAAGUGGGAGUUGAUUUUACUGAUUUGCUUCUUGAUUGAUAAAUCGGUAAGUUGAUUGUACCAUUGGAGCAAGUAGAAGCUCAAUUAAGCUUAUUCUUCCUGCAGAGUUCAAUCAUCUGGUGUGCCAGAGUGGAAUUCAUUGAGUUUAGGACUGAGGUUGCCUGUGGGAAUGAAGACAAAUAAGUGCUAAGGAUUUGGCUCCUUAGCAUUUUGAUAAAUAUAUUAUCAGUUCGAAACUUGAAAAGAGUUAGGGAUUCAAAAUGCCAGGAACUCGGCAUUGCCCCCGGAUUGAUACUCAUGAGCUGAAACUUCGGAUAGAGAGGAAGAUCGGCAGACAAAGAUCAGAGCAAUAUUUUCAUCUGUUAGGCAGAUAUUUAAGCUUAAAGCUAAACAAAUCUGAAUUUGAUAAGCAUUGUGUCAGUUUACUGGGGAGAGAUAACAUCUGUCUUCACAAUGCGCUUAUCCGAGCGAUCAUUAAGAACUCAUGUGUAGCUGACACGGCCCCUCCACCUAAUGAAAGCAAAAAAGCCAGAGCUUCCUUGAAUGUGAAAGUACCAAAUGGGUAUGACAGAGGCAGUCUUCAGUCACUAUGUCGGGACGUGUUUCCUCAGUCUCCUAAGAAGGGUAGGACACCCACACAUCGUGACCGCAAGUUCAAAGACCGGCCAAGUCCUCUUGGACCAAAUGGAAAAGUUCAUACGGCUGUAUAUGAAGACUCUGCUCAGAAAGUACUAGAACAGCAAAGUGCAACUGAGCUGCUGUCUUUGGGAAGCAGGCCACCAGUUGAAGUUACUUCAGUUGAAGAUGGAGAAGAGGUAGAGCAGGAGGGAGGACCCGCUAUUUAUAGCAGGAUUCCUGUCACGGCUCCAUUUGGUGUCUCUCUGAUCUCAAAGGCAACAAAGAAAUUUUUACAUCAUGGAGCAGAGUCUGUCCUUCCCACAGAAACUUGCCAUAUCACUGGUGAGUUACCUGAUUCAAGUUCUCUCAAGAAAAGAUUGGAACAGAAGUUGGAGGCAGAGGGACUGAAGAUGUCAACUGAUUGUGUUAAUCUGUUAAACAACGGGCUGGAUGCUUAUCUGAAGAGAUUAAUUGAACCAUGCUUGUCACUAGCUGCAUCAAAGUCAAGACAGAAGACUGUUCAACAUCAAGCUGUAUCCACUUUAAACGGGAUGAGAACUAUGAGAUAUGUUCAGAAGCCAUGUGAAUGCUGUGUGUCAUUGUUAGACUUCCGUGUUUCUGUGGAGUCAAAUCCUAAAAUUCUAGGAGAAGACUGGCCCACACAGCUUGAGAGGGUUUGCUUGCGUGCAUCAGAAGAACCUUUGAUUGACUAGGUGCAAGAUUUGUAACUUAAGCCCAACAGAGAAUUUCGAUAUGAAUCACAAGAUCAUUAUCUGAUCUAGUAGUGGUGCUGCAGAAGGUUCUCAUAAGCAAAGGAUAACUACUCAGCUAUGUGGUUCCAAGAUAGAGAAAAGUUUUGGAUCGAGGUUUUUUAGGUUGUAUAUGCAUCUCAGAGCUGAUUAUUUCUGGAUUGAGGAUGAUUACCUCAUAAAGUAUGGAGAUAUUAAUACCUGUAAGCUUGUAGUAAUUAUUACAAAUAGUUAAGUGGGCAUCACGACCAUUACCAACUAAUGCCAUUAGCUUGUUCAUCUUUCUUAUCUUAAUAAUAAAGGUUCAUUUUUUAAAGUAUUCAAACUCUCUUUAAUUUUAGUUCUCUCACUU